CAAGCAAGUGAAGGGAGAAGCUCUCUGUUCCGAGGUCGAUAACUAAGUGUCAGUAGUCAGAGUCGACCCGAGUGGAGGAUCAGACCGAGCGACCACUAUGACGAUCGAACACCGGAGGAGCGUGACCUUUUUGGCCGUGGUGAUUUUUCUCGCCUCCGUUGAAGCAGCUACCCUGUUGGGUGCGCCACCCUGUCCCAACCCUCAUGGCGUGCACGCGUACGCUCACCCCGAGGACUGCAACGCAUUCUUCCUCUGUACGAACGGCACCCUGACCCUCGAGUACUGCGAGAACGGAUUACUUUUCGACGGCCAUGGCGCCGUACACGAGCAUUGCAACUAUCACUGGGCCGUCCACUGUGGAGAUCGCAAGGCUGACCUUACUCCGCUCAGUAGCCCCGGCUGCGAAUAUCAAUUCGGUCUCUAUCCUGCCAGCGACCUGUGCAGCACCACUUACAUCAAAUGCGUCCACGGACAUCCCGAGGAAACGCACUGCGACGCAGGAUUAGUAUACGACGAGAAGAGUCACAAUUGCGUCUGGCCCGAUCAACUGUUGCCCUACUGCAAUCCGGAGGAAAUAGUCGGCUUCAAGUGUCCGCACAAAGUACCUUCGCACAGCGCUGCUGCCAAAUUCUGGCCUUACCCGAGAUUCCCUGUACCUGGGGACUGUGGCAGAUUGAUCACCUGCGUCGAUGGCAAUCCACGUUUGCUUACGUGCGGCGAUGGAAAACUCUUCGAUUCCGUGAGUCUGAGCUGUUUGGAUCCUGACGAACUGCCUCAUUGUGCCAAUACCGUUUAAAUUACACAAGGAUGUCAGCAUCGCUAUUCGAAUUCGCAAGAGUCUAUCAACCGUUUUAGAACCUCGACAUCUGCAGCCUUCGCCGUUUAUUCGAAGCAAAAUAUUCUACUUGAUAAAAAAAUAAUCUAAUCGCCUACCGAAAACGUUACGAAACAGCAAAAUUAGCGAAACUAUAACGCAAAGUAUUUCUUUAUCGGUACAAAAUAGACGAUACCGAUAGAUCUGUACAAUUUCACAGAUGUAUAAUAAUUAUAAAAAGCAAAAAUAGAUCUA